AUGCACGACGACCGCACCGCUGAGCUCGAGAAGGGCAGCCCAACCUCUUCAAGACCAUCGAGUCCAGCGGAGCCCAAGCCUCAAGCAUCUGGCCCACCAGCAGCACCUGAAGGAGGCAUAAAAGCCUACCUAUCGUUACUCGGAGGCUCUUUGGGUCUUUUCAUCUCAUUUGGAUGGGUCAAUUGCAUUGUUUUCUUCAUGCUGUUCAUGUCACCGUUGUCUGGAUAUCUAUUCGACAACUAUGGACCACGAUUGCCGAUCUGUAUCGGUGGAUUGAUGCAUGUUUUUGGCCUCAUGAUGACCAGCUUGUCAAGCAAAUACUACCAAUUCUACUUGGCACAGUCGAUUUGCUCAGGAACCGGUACAUCGCUCAUUUUCACUCCGGCAAUGACUUCGCCUAUGACUUACUUCAAAAAGCGCCGCGCUUUGGCAGGAGGAUUGACCGUUGCAGGCUCGAGUCUGGGUGGUGUAAUCUUUCCCCUCAUGGUCAACAACCUCCUUUCGGAGGUCGGCUUUGCAUGGACGAUGCGAAUAUGCGCUUUCUUGAUCCUUGGGCUCUGGGCUAUUGCCAUGCUGACCAUCUCCUCCAACUUGCCCCACACCCGCAAGGAGUUCAACCUUACGAACUACCUUCGGCCUUUCACGGAAUUCAACUUCUUGAUCUUGUUGACGUUCUGCUUUUUCCUUUACUGGGGAUUGUUUGUCCCUUUCAACUACCUGGUCCUGUCUGCUAUGCAUGACGGAAUGUCAAUGACUAUGGCCUACAAUCUAAUUCCCAUCAUGAACGGAGCGAGCUUUUUUGGACGUACAAUUCCCAAUGGCCUUGCCGACAAGUACGGUCGUUUCAACGUGCUUAUCAUCAUGCUAAUUUUCACUGGUGUCAUCACUUUGGCCUUGUGGUUGCCUGGUCGCAGUAACGCGGCCAACAUUGUCUUCGCCGCUUUGUUUGGUAUCGGAUCUGGCACCACCAUUGGCUUGAUGCCGCCCCUUGUGAUGACUCUCUACCUACCUCAGGAGAUCGGGUUUCGAAUCGGGUUGGCUCUUGCUAUCGCAGGCAUUGGUGCCCUUACGAGCCCUCCGAUUGCUGGUGCAAUUGCAGGGACAGAUGGAGGCUCCUUCCGCUUUGCGGCCUUGUUCAGUGGCGUGAACUUCAUGGUCGCGACAAUCUUUUUGGUGUGGCUGAGGGGUAGAGUUUCUGGUUGGAAUGCCCUCACAAAAGCUUAA